UUGUUUGUUUGUUUGUUUGGGUUUUUUUAGCUUGUAAAGCAUCAGUACCUGUGAUUUACACAAGAGAAAGAAAGGCCGUACAAUUUCAGGUCCAUUCUGACAACUUCUGAGUACUCCAGCACAGAGAUAGUUCUGUAAGCCCAAGCACAAAAGCAUCUGUGGAGACAAAUACUCUCACCUUUUUGGAUCCCCUUUUAAGUGCUGUGGUUCAUCAUAUGGUUUUGCUUACAAGUUUGGGGUUUGUAGAUAAUGAUCUAACUGCACUUAGAAAAACAGCCACUGUUGGCUGCAUCAGUUUGUAGUUGUAAGCAAGAGACUGAACAAUUAGGUUCUGCUGCAUCUUGCUCAAUCUCGAGCACUUUAGAAGUUUUGUGUUGUCACUAGAGCUGAUCUGAAAUUAGGACUUACAUCCUCACUGAACGGGGGCCCAGGUUGGUGGCAUAACAGUUGUGCGCUUCUUUAAGUUCCACCAGUCACAUCCGACCCCCUCCAAAACCAAAAAAUUACUGCUUUUCAUUUUCUGGCUUUCUAAUCCUUUAUCCAUCUAAUUUCUUUGUGUAUUAAAGUUGAAUUCACAUUCAUUCCAUUUCAGAAUAUCCUUAAAGAAUUUUAAACUACUGACGUGAGCAUUCACCUUCAUAAGGACUGGCCAGAUUUUACUCUUGAUAAAUGUUACUUUAAGCAGAUCAUCUCUCUUGUGGUAAAUAUGUUUUCCAGUUUUGGCUAUCCUAGCAACUUAAAGGUAAUUGGCUAUGCCCUGAGCUGGUAACCCAAAUAUUUAAAACCACAAGUGGUUAAUGUUUAAUCCACUGUCAUGAUGAUGAUGAUGUGGCAAUAGAAGCUGUGCGUCAGGAUUCGUUCUUCGCCUGGAGAACAAAGUGGCAGUAACACUCCUGGCGUACGGUCUCCUUUGGAACAUGGGAUGAGUAAAGCAGACCUUGUUAACAGUUGAAAGUAGGAUUUUCCACCAUGAAUGGCUACCCAAACUGUUCUGCUAACCACACUAAAAUUUGGAGCCAUUAUUUAGUACUUGCAUUGGGCAUUCCUCAAUUGACCAUUAACGUCGCAUCUGUGAUCUUCAACUGCACAGUCAUCUUCACCAGAAUGGCGACGAAGGACCUGCACAAGCCUAUCUCUAUACUGUUCUGCAAUCUGGCUUUUUCUGAUCUCUUCACCAGCUUUUCUGGCUUUUGGAUUUCGAUGCUGUUCAUCAGCAACCCUGACAUUACAAUCUUUGGAUCCGAGGAUAUGCUGGCACCUUAUGCUUUAUAUACGGUGUCUAUUUUAUCCACCAUCUAUAACUUGGUAAGCAUUGGAAUUGAACGCUAUCUGGCUGUGGCUGAAAGCAUGAGGACAAGAUUCAGGGUUGCUAGAAAGCAUUCCAUAGCUGCAGUUUUAAUUAACUGGGUCCUCGCUUUCUUUUUGGGCUGCUUGCCAUUGAUGGGGUGGAACUGCUUGCAUACGGAAAAAAAUCUCUCUGUCCUCUACAGUCCGUUUUGUGUCAACUACCUUAUCUUCAUUGCCAUUCCCAAUGUUGUGGUGGCUUUUGUGAUACCUCUGUUCACUUACCUUAGAAUCAUUAUCAUCCUGAGGAAAAGAAAGCUGAGAAUGAAGGCAUGUGGACAAGCUACUGGCACCUACAAAUCGGCUGAAAUCCAGGUUGCCAGAACCAGUAUUUUUAUCUGGCUCCUGACGCUGAUCUCCUAUGCUCCUUUUUUCGCAGGAGUCAUAUUCGAUGCAACUAACCAUCAGUGCCCCCUUGAUCUUUACCCAGGCAUCUAUAUCUUCCGAAACUGCACGGCUAUGCUGAUAACCAUGAACUGUUUGGGAAACCCCAUAAUAUAUACCCUGAAAGCCAAAACUCUGGGGGCGAAGCUCAAGGCUCUGCAAUGCCUCUCCACCAACCGUGUCCGAGCCUGCACCAUUGCGAACAUCUAGCCGGGCCUGCCCUUGGUCCAGGACUGCUGCUGUGCCUGGCCCAGUCACAGAAUGGCAGAGCGGAGGGGGUGGGAAGGGACCUCUGGAGACCCCCCUGCUCAUGCAGGGUCACCUAGAGCAGGGUGCAGAGUGUCCUGUCCGGGUGGGUUCCCAAUGUCUCCAGAGAAGGAGACCCCGCAGCCUCUCCGUGCAGCCCGUGCCAGCGCUCUGCCACCCUCAAAGGAAAGUUUUCCCUCGUGUUCGUGUGGAACUCCCUGCGCGGCGGUUUGUGCCCGGUGCCCCCUGUCCUGUGGCUGGGCGCCGCUGAGAAGAGUCCUCCUGCCACCUGCCCUGGAGGUUCUUGUACGCGUUGAUGGCUCCCCUCUGCAGGCGGCACGGCCCCGGCUCUCAGCCUCGCCUCGUCGGGGGAUGUCCCAGCCCCUCACCACCUCCGCAGCCCCCCCGGACCCUCCCCAGCCGCUCCCCCUCUCGCUGCAACUGGGGAGCCCAGAACGGGGCGAUGGAGUCGGAGCGGGGUGGGAACAGCGCCGGCGCUUCAGCACCCAGCCGGGGGA